AUGGAGUUUAGAUCACGUUUGUUUCUGCGUGUAAAUUUUUCACGGACUACGGUCUACGACUCUGAAACAACAGAGCGUGAAGAGAAUCUUACGGACUCCAACCAGGAUAACUCUGAAUGCACCACGCCCACGGCUUCACAAGAUAAUAUCGCGUUGGAGUUAGACGGAGAACCGUACCGAACGUACAGCUCUUGGUGCCUUGGUUGGAAUACUUACUCUCUAUGA